AACAAAAAGAAGAAUUUCUUAGACAACCUCUUAUCACUAAUCCCUUCCUUAUCUCUCCGAGUAUCUAAUUAACAACCCCUGAACAACUAUCAUCUUAUCAUUUGCCUCUAGUAACUCAAAUUGUCUUGAGUGUCUCAUUGGGCAAAAACAUCUUCUUAUGAUCCUAAAUUUCGUCAUUCUAAUCACUGUGCUUCGAAUAAAUACUGAUAAUAGCCCCAAUUGAACAAUUUACCCAUCCCUCGGUAUUCCCAGUUCGAUAGAAGACACCAGAGCGAUAUGAAGCAUUUAUUUGACUUCAGUGACUUCAAUGUGUACGAUUCUAAGUGCACAAAUUUGUCUGUUGGGGCUCCUGGCCCGGAUCUCCUCACCCAAUGCUGUGAGAUUUUCAAGGAAGCCACAGAGCACCGAAUGAACUAUGAAAAGGAGAACAAUUCCUUCCUCUUCCAAUACGGACCUACUCUGGGUAUCAAUGACUUCCGGGAGGAAUUGAGUGCCUUCCUGUCGAAGGAGUAUGGAUCCGAGGUGAGAAAAAACAGCCUAGUUCUUACAUCUGGAGCCACCAAUGGGCUUCAUCAUAUACUUACAAGUCUCCUGGACAUGAAUGGAGUGAUCUUUGUUGAUGAGGUCACAUACAUGAUCGCCCUGGAAGCCUUUCAAACAUUCUCAGGGAUGAAAAUCAUUCCUGUACCCUUUCAAGAUGACGGAGUUGAUGUUGAAGAACUGAGAAAACUCGUAAAAGCCCAUAAAUUCUCUCCACAUCCCGAUAAACUCUUCUGGGGCUUCUACUAUGCCAUUCCGACUUUUCACAAUCCCACAGGAGUGACCCUCUCUGUCAAAAAGUGCAGAGAAUUGAUAAAAAUCGCUCGGGAAUUUGAUAUUCUCAUCUCCUGCGAUGAUGUAUACAAUCUCCUACACUACAGCUCAGAAGGAAGCCCUAAGAGAUUGUUCUCUUAUGACAAUCCUUCAGAUGGAGACUACAAAGGUCAUGUAAUUUCCAAUGGGUCUUUCUCCAAGAUCCUCUCUCCAGGAAUCCGAAUUGGCUGGAUGGAAUGCCCCAAGAGGAUUCUGGAAGUUUUCAGAUUGAGUGCUAUCAUAACGAGUGGAGGAUCUAUUAAUAACUACACUUCAGGCAUCGUGACAAGCCUCUUCCAAUUGGGCUUAGCCAAGAAGCAGCUCGACAUCUACAGUGCAGCUUAUCAGGAAAGGAUGGAGGCUGUUUGUGCGAUCCUGAAAGAGAAUCUGCCUCCGGAAGUUAAAUUUAUCCCUCCCAGUGGAGGAUACUUCGUCUGGCUAACAUUUCCAGCAUCUUUUGAUGCUGUGGCAUUCAAUCAGUUCUGCCUGGAGCAGCACAAAGUCAUUGCAAUUGCCGGUCCAAGAUUUUCCGCCCUGAAAGGUCAUCGGAAUUGCUUGAGGAUCUGCGUAGUUUUUCACGAUGUUGCCACCAUGAGCAAUGCCGUCCGUCGACUUUGCCAAGCAUAUCGCGAGUUCUCACGAUAAGAUAUUGUAAGCAAAGCGAUACUUUUUUGCCAAUUUUCACACAUUUCAGCCGAUAGAACAAAAAAAAAGAAUGUCUAAAAACAAUAGAUAGGGAAAAUUCGCAGAUCGCUUGAAUUUAAUAAAAGCACACUGUAUUUUUUGCUCCUCUUUUGCUCUUGAUGUAAAUAUCGGUUUAAGACUGGUUCAUUACAGGUUAAAACCAAUACAGACUUGUUAAGAUUUCCAAGACCUUUCAAAUGACUCUAAUCCCAGCUUAAUCUGUUGAGAAAUAAACGAUUUACAAGGCUUUUGCAUUAAUUUUGAAAAAAAAAGUUUAAGAAGGAAUGAAUAGAGGUCACUACUGUCAGGUAGAAACCGAUUUUGACUUGUUAAGUUUUCUAAGACCUUUCAAAUGAAUGCAAUUCUGGCUAAAUCUGUCGAUAACUAAAUUUUUUAAAAGGGUUUUGUAUCCAAUUUCGAAGAAAAAUCUGAGAAGAAUCAUUAAUAGAGGUCACUACUGUAACUUAGGUAGAAUCCAAUUUUGACUUGUUAGGUUUUCCAAGACCUUUCAAAUAAAUCCAAUCCAGGCUAAAUCUGUUGAGAAAUAAACCAUUUAGAAGGCUUAAUUUUGAAAAAAAAGUUUAAGAAAGGAAUGAUUAAUAGAUCAAAAUAUCUUACCUGUCUUGCCUGUACUAUCAUUAUUUUUUUUUAAUAAUAAAAUACUUGUUCGCCUGUGAACAGGGUCUACGAAAAA